AUUUUCCCGUGCGGCUUGAGGAAACUCUCCCUCAAGGAUUACCACGUAGACCCGAGCUAUCUCUUCUCGACGAGUAUGAACUCCAAGCUCUGUGCUCUUACAGAUUCCAGCGUUCACUCCUCGACGUCACGUUGCAGCGUGCUCCAGCAGCUCUUGGCCCCACAAGCAGGGGACAAUCAAUCCGUGGCGGCCCUGAGGGUUCACCAUGAGCAUCACAGGAUACAACCACGCCCAGUACCCAGAGAAUAGCUCAGAUUCACUCUGCGAUUUAGAAGCGCGGGCGGCCUCGACAUCUCAAAAGCGUGACCGCACGUUGUCGUCUUCCCCCGGCCAUUGUGCUCAGAAUCCUUGUGGUUUUACCUACGCCGACUCUAGUUCGGUAAAGAGACGCACAAGACGCUCGAACACCGCGCAUUCGUACUAUGCAGACGUCGCUGCUGGCCAGCCGGGCUGGCGCCCUGGAGAAGAACCGGGCCUUGAUCCCUCUGAGCCCAUCCCUCCGCCUUAUCGCGCUCCUGGCGAGUCACUGUUACCCCAAUCGAUAAACAAGCGAUGCGAUAUUACAGUGGUCGAUUGUUCGCACGAUAAUAUACGGGUGUAUCAAUUGGACAAUGAUACUCUGCCAGGUUUUCUUGAGAAGGGGAAAGAGCCGUGGGUUGUUUGCCGGUGGAUCAAUGUCAACGGAUUGAGCUGGGAUGUUGUCAGGUUACUGGCUACGGAAAAGCGGAUUCAUAAGCUUGCGGUUGAGGACUUAAUGCAUUCGAUAGAUCGGACAAAAGCCGACUGGUACUCAGAUCACACGUUUGUCUUGCUUGAAAUGCAGAAGUUGAUCAAAUUGAGAUCUUAUGACUCGGUUGAAGGAUCGGAAGCUGAAAGUGAUACGGAGGAUGGAAGGCUGAGCGAAACAACAUCAAGGACUUCUUCGCCCAGCAAGAGAAUCAACAAACGUGGCACAGUCGGUGGUGUUAUAAAGGAUGCGCUCCUUGACUUGCUAAGACCUACGUUUGAAAAGCGACGCCUUAAGCGGAAUGCAAGUCAAACGGGCCUGCAACCAAAUGCUAUUCGCACGCUCCAGCGGUUCCGAGGUGGUCCUAACGAAGACAGGGUGGAAUUUAUGGAACGUCAUGCCGUACUUGGUCCAAGAGGGCUGGGGGUUGCCAUUGAGCAGGUGUCGAUUUUCCUUCACGCAGAUAACACCAUAACAUCGUUUUUCGAGGAGAGUGGAGACGACAUUGAAGGCCCCAUUGUCCAGCGUCUCUGUUCUCCGGGAACAAUUCUCCGUGAAUCCUGCGAUGCGAGCAUGAUCCUACAGGCAAUUCUCGAUGCUAUUGCGGAUCUCGCCAUUCCAGUUACAAGGGCUUACCAGGAUGUCAUGGGGGAACUAGAACUCGAAGUCUUGACCGAUCCGGAUAUACACCAAUCCACAACUCUCUACCUCCUAACUUCAGAGAUUUCUGUGCUGCGAAAUGCCAUCCAGCCGAUGAUCGGUGUGAUCAAUUCGUUGCGUGACCGGAGUUCUGGUAUCGAGGUUAAGAAAGCCUCGUCAACCGCAAAUUUUCUCCUGCCUACAGGACGCCCGUCAAGCAGGAAUUCUAUACAUCCUGAUGUAGAAGGGGUAAGGAUGGCUUCUGCAGUGUCCAUUAGCCCGAUGUGUCAGACAUAUCUGGGGGAUGUCCUCGAUCAUUGCAUUACUACGACAGAACAAUAUGAUCAAAUGCGGCGUUUGGCGGCUAAUAUGAUUGAACUGAUUUUCAAUACUAUUGGUGCUUAUCAAAAUGAAAGCAUGAAACAGUUGACUCUGGUGACAUGCAUGUUUCUUCCGUUGACAUUUCUUACAGGUUAUUUUGGCAUGAACUUCCCUCGGUUUACAGGAGUUAACAAUCAUAGCGAUGCAUUCUUCUGGAUUAUUGCAGUGCCAUUUGUCUUUGCCACAAUGGUUUUCUUGAUGCGGGAAAUGAUAAAGCGCUGGCUGCUGAGGCUAGCGCAGAGACGGUUGAUCUGGAGUUCACGUCGUCGCCGAAAGGAUCGAUAAAGAAGCAAUCGCGUCCUCUAGCUUUAGUGAUAUAAUCAGUAUGAGUAGAUGAGGAGAUGGGAUUAUUGAAC